AUUUGAGGGGUCCUAGAAAUAUACUUAAUAUGUCUGCAGGGAACUCAUGAUUUGAAAUUGCUAUUAGAGUACCUGGCCUACGUUGUUUCUUUUGGACCAUGGUGCCUGGACCAGGAGCAUAGCAGCAUGAAUAAACAAUGAAGGGAUGCAUCGCGUUAUCCCACAGCUACUGUACCUAGCAAAUCGGUUGAACCCACCAUCUCGCGCAGCUUCUAUUAGCUGAUGCAAUUGGCCAUGCAUCCCCACCGAGUAGAUCGGCGGACUGGCCAGGUGUACUCAGAGAGGACCUCAACUCGGGCUGGGGCUUACUCCAAAGGUCCGUCUUGGGUCCAUGAGACGCCCUUUCUUCCUAGAGGCUGGGAGGAAACAAGUGAAAUUGGAGCACCCACACUGAAGCACUCAGCAAUGAGGCAAGUUCUAUCAGAUCAAAGGAAUCUGACUCCACAGUUGUUUGCGAAUAUACCAUGGCCGAUUGCCAGUUAUCUAUGGGACUGCCUUGGGAGAAGGUAAGCCACCUUGUCGGGUCUGGAAAUCGAAAAUUACAUUCAUGCUAAAUCACCGGGUAAACACAGUCGCAAACGAACCCUCUACAUGUGGAAACUGUUGGCAACCGCGUACCCGGUCGAAUUCCGGCAAACCUCCCAGUACCGGUCAAUGAAGAUCGAAGGGCCCAGACUGGCUAUGCGAGACUAUCUGGAGCUGGUGAAGAGCGAUUCCCUGAAAUGGCAGUUGGUGCUAAAUUUGGCUACUUCGUUCGCCAGAGUGCCUGAGCUAGUGGGCAUAUCUAACAUCAGGAACCUUGCUGCAUUGGAAGUUGCCACGCCUCCACAUGUUGAAACCCCUGAAUACGAUACUGAGACGCCCGUGAUGGCGCUAAGUGAUCGUAUCAUCCGAAGUUGGAGUGAGCUAGCGCACACCUCGGGUGCAUUCUCACACCUUCGAGUUCUCAAAUUAUGUCAUCAGGACCUGUCGGGUGUUGUAUUGCGUUAUCUGCGCACGUUCCCAUCCUUGCAAGUCAUUGUUGCGUAUGGCUGUCCAGGUAUCCACUCCAUGUUCAUGGAUGGCUUGGAGAUAGACGGAUGGGAGUCUCGACCGGGUCAAGAAGAUAAGCCACCGGCACUCUACGAAUUAUAUCAAACUAGCCUUGCCAAUAUGGACGGAGAACCACCUGCUUUGGACCAGGGGAGUCCGAUUCUGGAUUUCCAGAUAGGCCAGACUAUUCAAGAAUCCACAAGAGUGCCCACAAUCGCAAAAAGUCUAUAUUUACAUCGCACGAAGGCGGCAAAUCGGGUACCCACCGAGAACUCGGCACUACAUAAACCGACGAAGAGGCCUAGGGAAGAGGUCUCGGCCUCCGGUGAACGUCAGAGGCGGUCGGGGCCGAAGAGGGCUGUUAUGAGAGACCGCAAAGCCAAGGACCUCGGAGAAAUCUUGGGGAAUUUCCUGUAAGCGAGCGGCCUGCAGGAGUGUGGGAGGCCAGAAGUGGGCUUAUAUGCAAACGUCACUGCAGGCGGGAUUGGCACGGGUCACAAUGAUUGGCCAUUGAUCCUUGAGGGAAUGUUCUACGUAAAGAAAAUCGAAGUACG